GAAUCAACUAUCAGUUGCACUUGGACUCAGCUUACAAUUGCAGAGCACUAAUUGAAUGAAGUUAUUUAUCAUGAAGGCUAUUUUCGUUCUGACCGUCGCCCUAGUGGCAAUCGCAACCGCAUCGAACAUCCCUGCAGCAGCAUCACCCAGCCGAACCCUUGAGGAUGACCUGCAGGACUUUUUCGACCUGCUCCCGGUGGAUAAGCUUACCGAUCUGGUUGUUCGCUACUUCACCACCGAUAAGGAAUUCCAGGAAGCGUUUGCCUACCUGCAGGGUGCCGAAUUUGCCGCCGUUUGGGAUCAGUUCUUCGCGCUCAAGGAAGUCAAGGAUGUGCUGAACUACCUGGAGGAAGGCGGACUGGCGGUGUACGAUCUUCUGAAUGAAGUCGCCGAUUUCUUGGGGCUGAAUCACGUCAAGCCGAAAGGUGUUAAAAGCUUGAGAGCUGGUGGAUUGAGCGGAUUCGUUGACGAUGCUCUUGCCCUGCUGCCUCUGGAGGAACUGAAGGCGCUGUAUGAAGAGAAGUUGAAGACCAGUCCUGAGUUCAAGGCUCUGUUUGACAAGCUGUUCAGCUCUGAUUUCCAGAAGUUGGUCGAUUUCUACCAGAACUCCAAAGAAGCUCAAGCCAUGGUUCAGAAGCUGCGUGACCAUGGAGUCGACGUGGACAAGUUCUUCGAGCUGGUUGCUGGAUUCUUCGGAUUCGGAUUUUCAAAGCAUCAGUUUCACUUUCAAUCAACCUGUUACAGCACUUCACCAAAUAGUGUUCAAUCCACCAUGAAGGCCAUUUUCGUCCUUACCGCCCUGGUGGCAGUCGCCACCGCUUCCUCGAUCCCAGCUGCUGCUCCACCAAGCCGUACCCUCGAAGAUGACCUACAGGACUUCCUCAAUCUGCUUCCAGUGGAUAAGCUCACCGAUCUGGUUGUUCGCUACUUUACCACCGAUAAGGAGUUCCAGGAAGCGUUCGCCUAUCUGCAAGGUGCCGAAUUUGCCGCCGUUUGGAAUCAAUUCUUCGCUUUGAAGGAAGUCAAGGAUGUACUGAACUAUUUGGAAGAAGCUGGUCUGGCGGUGUACGAUCUUUUGAACCAAGUAGCCGAUUUCCUGGGAUUGAAUCACGUCACGCCGAAAGGUGUCAAGAGCCUAAGAGCUGGUGGAUUGAGCGGAUUCGUUGAUGAUGCUCUUGCCCUGCUGCCUCUGAAGGAACUGAAAGCUCUGUAUGAGGAGAAGCUGAAGACCAGCCCUGAAUUCAAGGCAUUGUUCGAUAAGCUGUUUAGCUCGGAUUUCCAAAAGUUGGUCGAUUUCUACCAGAACUCCAAGGAAGCUCAAGCCAUGGUUCAGAAGCUGCGUGACCACGGAGUAGAUGUAGACAAGUUCUUCGAACUGGUCGCAGGAUUUUUUGGUUUUGGAUUUUAAAAAUGAUUUGAACUGUGACAAGUAUUUGUGAUUCUGCAAAUAAACUAUUU